AUGAUUGUGGAGCAAUAUGCUGCCAGGUUCGCAGAGCUCUCUAGGUACGUGCCCCAUAUUGUAAACACCGAGGCAUGGAAGGCAGCCAAGUUUGUAAGGGGCCUAUGGCUAGAUAUAAGGGAUAGAAUGAUGUCGGCCAACCUAAAGUCAUAUGCCCCGAUGGUAGACUUCGACCUAAAAAUUGAAAGAGACUGUGAGGACCACCGAUCAAUGAAGGAGGGAAGAAUGAAGGCUGCGUUGUCGGGGAGGCUUGGGAAAACACCCCGGCAAGUUCCGAGAAGAGAAGUGAGAAAGAGGCCAUAUCAACUAAACCCUAGAACCCAGAAGAAUUCCCCGGGUGGCACGAGCAAUGAUCAACGCUCGGUUUGUACUCACUGUGGGAAAGACAACCGCACUGCCGAAGAUUGUUACCGGAAGAAGAAUGUGUGCCUAAGAUACGGCAAGCUGAGUCACUCGGCUAGGAACUGCUCAAUGAUGAAGACUGAGGAUCGCUUACAGAAUCAAGGACGAGUGUUCGCCCUCACAGAGCAAGAGGCCAAGGUAUCCACCUCAAUCAUCCGAGGUACACUCUCAAUUUGUGAUGUUAAAGCUAGAGCCUUAAUUGACCCUGGAUCUUCUCACUCGUUUCCCAUUUUGCGUGCCAUUUGA